AUGGAUGAUACAGCAGAGUCUGCCGAUACGGCAAUGUCAGAACACCACAUUGUCAAAGCGGAUGAGGUCGACCAAACAGGGACAGAUAUCUCCCCUGUCCCAGACGAUCAGCUGAUGGAAGAAGUCGCCGAGGGCCUACGGCAGGAGCGAGUCUCAGGAAGCACACCAUCUGCCCCAGGUGAGGCUGGAAAACCUCACCGGCGACCGGAGUUGCGUCGUGAUGCUGCAGCUCCGCCGCCGCCUCUACAGCCUCCACCACCGGCUCCAGUGCAACAGAACUUAGAAAGGUCCACGGACUCACUAAGUCUUGCACAACUCAGGCAAUUCGUGCAGGAGAUGCCGAGGGUCGAGCAACCUGCGUAUGCAUUUGAAUAUGCUGAUUCUCAGCCAUUUGCGGAAGAGAUUGAAGAAUGGUUCCAGUACAGCGAGUUUGACAGAGCUAUGCUGGUGGGCAUGAAAUCAUCGUUCGAGAAGCAGUGGACUUCUUUCCUUGAGUCCCAUAAUGCUGGGUCCUCGCAGCUAUCAUGGGUAGAUACUACUGAUGAUCAGCGAAUGGCAUUCAUGGCUCAGGUGGUAAAUGGCAUACGGGAGCGCGAGGUCUCGGUGCGCCUUGAAGCCCUGGAAGUCGUUUGUUAUAUUGUGACUGGCGUCUGGGGUACCACUGCCGGGAGAACUGUAGAUGAUUAUCCCGAAGAUCCGUCUGACAAGGAAGCCGCAGAGGUCCCGAAAUUUAAGUCAUUACAAAUCAGUUGGAUCGAGAAUGGUGCCAACAUGGUUCUUGAAAGCUCAGGCUUGGCGCCGUUGCACGAUAGUGAAUCUGCUGGCGCUGGGGCCGAGAGUACGAACCCAGCAUCUCUCGCUGCCAUGGAGCGUGAGGCAAAUUUGGUCCUUACGGCUUUUUACAUGAUCGUGGAGGUUGGUAGGAAACAAGAGGCCCGAGAUCCACGGCACACACCAUUAAGAGAUGCCCUGAUUGGCUUGAAACCGAAUCUAUUGGUAUUCCUGGUUGAGGUUAUCGCACGCCUACGAUGGGAUGACUCUGCUAACAUUCCACUUACGAGAAUAAUACUCUUGUUCUGGAAGUCUUUGCUCCUAUUCUUUGGCGGCAGUGACGAGUUGAAAAGGGCCAAGGAAGAGUUGGAACCAACAUUUAAAGAAAGGGAGGAUGAUACGUCUCGCAGGACGCCUUUUCUGACUGCAUCGCCUCUCGAUUAUCACAUAUUUCGGCAAGAAAUUACUUCUAAAUACCCGGCCUACAACCCACCACCACCUGUAGUUCCUCUGGAACUGGAGAACAAUUCUAUUCUCCCUCCUCUUCCCCAGCAUCCCAGUAGAGGAGCUUCAUCUAAUGGCCUCUUCUCUGGGGUCGGCCCAUCUGUUGCAGGUGGUAACGGUUCAAUCCUUCAUCAGUCGGUCCACAUAGCAACACCUGCGCCUUCCCCUCCUCCAUCACCAAUUGGCCCGGGGGGUAAAGCGGGGAAGAAGCAAAACUAUCAGACGAACCAAAACUUUCCUUUCAUGUACCCACCUCUAGAUGUUUCCAGCAACGACAUUGGUGGCAAAGGCACAACCGAGCUCCAAGACGUGCUCGUAGGCAAGAGGUGGGAGGGAAGUGACGUACCAGCCUCAAUCAUCGAGGCCGGCAAACUUUUCUCGACACACGUCAAAAUGACUAGAGCGAUGCGACAACUUUGGGAAGAACGUGAACGGUUCAUGAAAUAUGACCGCGGCUGGUAUCUAGAUGAUAACGGGACUGCGUCUGAUAAGAAUAUUCCCGACGAACUUCUCGAGGACUUCCAAGACUUAGAUUUGAAGCAAGGAGAGAAGGACACUCCAGGGAGGUCUCCCAUCAAGGAAACCGAUGACGAAGAUAUCCAACGGCGCUUGGAUGCCGUGGAGUCUUUCUAUACACAAGCACUGGUGCAUUUGCAGUCCAUCACUAUCGUAUUCUUGAAGAUAAUCCUGACGAACGUCAGUGCUAUGGUGAACCAGACUCAAGGCGGCCAAGGAAUGAGCGAUGGUUACGGCGUUAAUGGAUCCGGGCCCGGGCCAGUGUCUAUUUCCGAGGAUUUGAACUCCGAGGCUGCUAUUGAGGAACUUGACAACAUUCGGCUUCGGGAGAUUACUGGAAAAGCCAUUUCAGGAUCUCUGUUACUUCUGAUAAAGUGGUUUAAAAGAUCUCACAUAUUGAAAUUUGAAUAUAUGACGCAGUUGUUGCUCGAUUCCAAUUACCUGCCGUUAAUAUUGAAGAUGUUUGCCCACCAAGACAUUGAUCAAGCCGUGGCACAGAAGUUUGACCGCAAGGAGCUGGGCUUCUUCCAUUUCUGUCUUCUUCAGUCGGAUCAACCGCCAGUACCAUCGCAUUCGGACGAGGAAUCAAGCGGGGAUGAGGCGGCUCCUCCCCCAAUUGCUCGGCAUCGACCAGACGUGGAUCCAGGAAACUCUUCCAUACGAGUACAAUCCCCGGAGGACGACUUUGAAGAGUUCUUAAACGGACAUGAUCUCCCUCGUCCUGAGGUGGAUGAGCUGGGAUACCCUACUGCACCUCCACCUAAAGAGCCGAUCAAGGUGUUUUCAUUCCGCAAUUUCUUUUCUGCUAUCAAUUACUUGCAUAUCAUGCAGAAGAUUACCCGUGACAAAGCCCACAGAUGUCUGUUGCUGGUGCAAUAUAAGUCUAGUACUAUCCUUCGGAAAGGGCUGAAAAUACCAGAUCCGUAUCUACGGUUCUACACCCUUAAGCUAUUCAAAUCACAGGUCCCUUACUGUGGCCGCAAAUGGCGCCAAAGCAACAUGCGUGUUAUUACCGCCAUCUACCUCUACUGCCGUCCGGAGCUGCGAGAUGACUGGCUGGCGGGAUCAGAUAUCGAUGCGGAAGUGGAAGAAGCCUUGCCUCUCGAACAAGCACUCCGUGGCCUGACACACUGGUGGCACCUGCGGCGGUAUAAAGACGUGAUGGGCGGUGAGGAGGGCGCAUCACUCAUGGAAGAGGAGCGCGAUUUCUUUGUGCGAGAGCUCGAAUCAAUGGGCUGGGGACUUGCAGGCGAGGAAAUGCUCAAUGGCACCAGCGAGGAAGCCGAGAUGGCUGCUGCUGCUGGGCAAUUACCAGAAGGAACUGAAUGGGACGGAGGCCCAUUGCAAAUGGAAGGGUGGUGA